AUGCAGUUCUCUACGCUCUUCACUCUCGCCGCCGGCGCUGCCGUUGCCGCUGCUCAGAGCACCUCUACUCUGACCUCGACGACCACCUCAAUUGUCACCAUCACCCAGUGCCCUGAGACCGUCACCAACUGCCCUUACCGCACUCCUACCGCUCCUGCGACCACCAGCGAGGCUGUCACCACCUCUGCUGCUCCCACCACCUCGGCCGCUGAGACCACCGCUGUCCCGACUUCCAGCAAGCUCCCCAUCUGGACUGUCUCCAACAGCACCUCUGCCACUGCUGCUGGCACCAACCCCGUCGGCACCACUGCUCCCACCACCAUUGUCAGCGUUCCCGUUGGCACUGGUGCUGGCUCUGGCGCUGUUCCCACCGGCCCCUCUGGCUCUGGCGCUGGUGCUCCCACUGGCAUCCCCUCUGUGCCCACCAGCGGCGCCGCCAAGAUGGUCCAGUCCGGCUCCAUCGUUGCCGCCGUGGCUGCUGUCUUUGCUCUGGCCUUCUAA